AUGGCACCUGUUGCGGUGAACGAUAGCCGUAUGCCGCUGUCAUCAAAUGGUGCUGCGGCGCCCUCAUCCUCAAAGACUUACCAGCCCCUCGAACAUGUUCCCGUGCACAUCGCCGCCGACUUUCCCAAGCCCAAACCGGUGCCAAAGCUCGCCUACCGCUCUUCCACCUACUGGAACUCGGACUGCCCCAUCAUCAUCGACAAUGGCUCCAGCGAGCUUAGAGCAGGCUUUGCUCUUUCGCAUGCCGCUGACCCAACCUCCUUCUCGCAGCAGCCCUUCGUCGCUUACGACAACCUCAUCUCGAAAGUUCGUGACCGCAAAAAGAGCUUCACCAUGCUCUUGGUCGGAAAUGAUGUCUACGCGGACGGUCUUUCACGUAGCUCCAUCCGUAGCCCUUUUGAUACCGACGUCGUCACCAGCUGGGAUGCGAUGGAAAUCGUCCUCGACUACACCUUCUCCAACCUUGGCAUCGACACAGACAGAGUACAGCAUCCCAUCUGCAUGACAGAAACGCUUUGCAACCCAGCUUACAGCAGAGGUAUCAUGAACGAGCUAAUGUUUGAAGCUUACCAGGUGCCCUCCGUUAACUACGGUAUCGACUGCCUCUUCUCGGCUUAUCAGAAUGAGGUCGGUCAAGACGCACUUGUUGUCUCGUCGGGUCGUUCCAGCACGGUCGUCAUCCCUACUGUCGCUGGCAAGGGAAUCCUCACCAACUCGAAACGCCUCGCUUGGGGCGGUGCACAAGCCUCCGAUUUGCUCCUGCGCUUGAUACAGCUCAAGUACCCCGGCUUCCCUACCCGUGUCACACCAUGGCAAGCGCAGAAUAUGCUUGAGGAGCUCUGCUACGUCUCCGACGAUUAUGCAUCUGACAUCAAGGGUAUGGCUAUGAUGCCAGCAUCUCACAAAUCGUAUCUCCCUUCUACGUGGACACCCAUGGAGCGUUCCGAUGUCAUCGUCCAGUUCCCUUACCAGGAUGCGCUACCGGAGCAGAAGACCGAAGAAGAACUGCGCGCACAAGCCGAACGUCGCAAAGCAGCGGGCGACCGACUUCGCGAGCAGACGCGCAAGAUGCGUUUGGAGAAAAUGAUGCAAAAGGAAAACGAUCUCAAGUACUACCAGCAACUCAAAGAGUUCAAAGGCAAAGAACGCAAAGCCGAGUACCUCAAGCGUCUCGAGAAUGACGGAUUCGACAACGAGCAGGCCCUCGACAAGAUGAUCAACAAGAUCGAGGGUGCGCUCAAGCGAUUCCGCGCCAAGGAGCUGGGCGAAGAGUUCAUCGAAGAUGACAAGCAGGAAGAACCCACUUUCCCACUUAUCGAUGUAUCGGAUGCAGAUUUGGACGAGGAAGGCAUCAAGGAGAAACGCAAGCAGCGACUCAUGAAAGCCGGCUACGAUGCGCGUCUUCGAGCCAAAGCGGAGAAAGCCGAGGAGAAACGUUUGGAAGAAGAAGCACUCAAACGCGAUGAAGACGAACGAAUCAACAACCCUCGAGUGUGGUCUGCCAAGAUGAGAAAAGAGUACGAUGAUGCUAUCAAUCGAAUCAAGGAACGAAAGCGGAUGAAGGAGAUGCUGUCGGAUCGGAAGUCGUUGGCUGCACAACAGAGGAUGAAGAACAUCACGGCCCUGGCAUCGGAUGCGCCGGGGAGCGGAAGUGCUACGCCCACUGGUAGCUCUCGCAAGCGCAAAAAGGGUGGAGGAGACGAAGACACCUUUGGCGCCAACGAUGACGACUGGGCUAUCUACCGAGAGAUUCAGAACGCCGAUGAUUCAGAGGAAGAGGAAGAAGCGUACAACAACCUGUCCGCCAUCGAAACGCGCCUCCUCACGCUUGACCCCACGUUUGGUCCGGAUGACACCUAUGCUGCACGCCUAGCACGUAAGAACCGGCUCACGUUGACCUUUUUCAAUGGACCUGGUGGAGGUGAGGAGUCUUCGAUUGCCCCUACCGACCCGGCGCUCUCACUCAAGGACGACUCGGCCACGGAUCCCAAUAAGCCAGAUACAGAUCCUGAAUCCAUCAAACGUCAACAUCAGUUGCAUCUCAACGUCGAGCGUAUUCGCGUCCCAGAGGUGCUCUGGCAACCUUCAAUUGCAGGACUGGAUCAAGCUGGCUUGGACGAGAUCUGCUCGCACGUCGUGCACUCUUUCGAUGAAGAGGUGAGAGUGAAGAUGCUGCAGAACAUCUUCUGUACCGGAAGGCAUACAGGAUACAAGGGGUUCGAACAGAGACUCUAUUCAAGCAUCCGGGCGAUCCAACCGAGCAACGUGGUGGUCAAAGUCAGCGGGGCGAAAGAUAGGAGAUUUGACGCAUGGAAGGGUGCGGCAAAGUGGAGCAUCAAGGAAGCGCAGACGUUCAGGGCAAGCUCGAUCACCAAGCAGGAUUAUGAUGAGAAGGGCAAGGAGUGGUUCAAGGAGCAUGCGCUGAGUGCUAGCUGGAAGUGA